GCACUUAAUCGCUUCUGCGAGGCCGGCCUGCGAUCCAUGAUCGCGCUUCAUACCCCACCCUCCACGGCCACACUCUAUAUCCUCGAACGCCCCGCCCAAACUUACCCCCUCCUCUCUUCCGCGCCCGCGACCGCCCUCAACCCCACCGCCCACCCCUUCAACAUCCCGUCCCUCGCCGAGUUCGAGCGCGGCUGGACGACAUGGGACCUCAUCACCCUCGGCAUGAUCCCACCCUCGCUCCUGCACGCGAAGCCCAUCGACCUCCGUCACAAGCCGCUCUUCUACAUCGGGCACCUGCCGACAUUCGCGAACAUCCUGCUCUCGCGGCUCACCAACGCGCGCGAGGUGGGCCCGCGCCACUUCUUGACGACGUUCGAGCGCGGGAUCGACCCGAUCGUGGACGACCCGGACGCGUGCCACUCGCACUCGGAGGUGCCGGAGAAGGAUGAGGACUGGCCCGCGUUGGGAGAGGUGCUCGCGUACCGCGAUGAGGUGCGGGAGCGCGUUAUACGUAGGGUGUAUAACGAGAUGGAGAGCGGCGAGCGGGCGUUGACGCGUCGUAUGGCGCGCACGCUCAUGAUGGUGCUCGAACACGACGGGUUCCACAUCGAGACCCUGCUGUACAUGCUCAUCCAGCGCGCCGGCACGGGUACCCUCCCGCCACCGGGCUUCGCCGCACCCCCAUGGGAGGCACUCGCCGCGCAAUGGGACACGCUCUCUGCCCCGACGACGCCCACUGUCACCCUCGGCCCGUGCGAGCUCGUGAUGGGCCACGACGACCAGGAGCCGGACGACCUCGACACCGCGCUCGAGCAUGCGGUCGCAGACCACGAGUUUGGGUGGGACAACGAGAGCCCGCGGCGGGCGGUGCACGUCGGGCAGUUCAGCGUGGAAUGGCGCCCGGUCACGAACGGCGAGUUUGAGACGUUCUGGCGGGGCGCGGGCAAGGAUAAGGUGGAGAUGCCCCCAAGCUGGGUCGAGGAGGACGGGGAGGUCAAGGUGCGUACGCUGUACGGCCCAGUCCCCAUGGCCAUCGCGCGACACUGGCCCGUGCUCACCGCAUACGACGACCUCGCGGCGUUCGCAGCUCACAAGGGCGGGCGUAUCCCCACCGAGCCCGAGCUGCGGUUCUUCCUCGACACCUACCAAGACACCUACGCCGAGGGCGCGAACGUCGGCUUCCGCCACUGGCACCCGCUGCCCGCGACCGCCGGCGGCUCGGCGCGCGGCGGGCGCGGCUCGAACGGCGGUGUGUGGGAGUGGACGGCGACGGCGCUCGACGCGCACGAGGGCUUCGCCGGCACGGGCAUCUUCCCCGGGUACUCGUCCGACUUCUUCGACGGGAAGCACCAGGUCGUGCUCGGGGCGUCGUAUGCGACGAUUCCCCGCCUUGCGGACCGGCGCACGGUGCGCAACUUCUACCAGCACAACUACCCGUACCCGUGGGUUGGUGCGCGAGUGGCUUACGACGCGUGAGCGGGCAAGGGUUUUUUUCGAGUAUGCUUCUCCUGGCUAGAUAUGCGUGUUAUGUUGUUGUACGAUAGUGUAAUUUAUGCGAUACAUAGCUAUGUGCACACUGCUUUGAUUUUAUAUAUCAUCCCGUUCCCUCACGUCAUGCUUGUGCGACCGAUAUGUCUUGCUCAGUCGACACCCUCGGUAUCUCUGAGCUGGUCGUCCUCAUCGGAGCUGUCUGCAGCGUUGUUCGCGCCACCGCCCCAGAAACGGCUGACAAGCGAACGCACGAAGCGCACAGGGAGCGGCGCGACGGCCUGCUCUUCUUCCUCGUCUUCUUCCUCGUCCUCCUCGAUCUCCUCUUGGGGAUGCACUACGGGGUUCACAGCGCGCGCAGGCUGCAUAGGCAUGUCAUCCACGUCUUCUGCCUCCUCGACAUCCUCGGGGUCGACAAAGUUCACCAUGAACUCCCCGCCGAGGCCGCCCGGCAUCUCCCCUUCACGCUGCUGGAACCGCUCCUCGCCAGCGCCAGCGAGCGCGACCAUCAUGUCCUCCAGCACCUCCGGCAUCUGCUCCGCAACCUGCGCAAACUGUACAAUGCCCCCGGGGAAGCGCUGCGCGAGCGCGGGGUGCGCGUUCCAGAAGUCGAGCAGCUGUCCGCGCAGCGCGCCGUCGGGUAUGAGGCGCUCGAGCAGGCGCGCCUCCUGGCGGCGCGAACGCGGGCGCGCGGCGAGCACGUCCUCGACCCCGCGGAAGAACUCAGCGUCGUACUCGUUGACGUGCGUUGUGGGCGGGAGCGGGUCGCACGCGAGGCUGCGCGUGUCGACGAUCUUGCGCGGGAUGAAGGUGAAGAGGCUGCGGCAGGUCGGCUCGUUCACGAGCAGGUGGCGGUAUAUGG